CUGACAAUGGCUACGAACUACCAAAUUUUUGGAUGGAAGUUGUGCAGCAGAUUUUGACACUCCCAUAGCAACAGUUGACCAAUUAGCCUUAAGCUAUAAUAAUGCAAAUUUAGGGCUUGCGACCGAAAUCAUUUAAUUCGCUAGGUUUUGUGUCACCAAGAACUUGGAAUCUUUCGCAGCACAUAUAGACGUGGGGUACCAUAAAUAUAUUCACUGCGUCUGCUUCAUUUUCGGUCGGAUGCAUUUAUGGUACGCCCGGGGCAAAAGCCAUAUAAUCCCCAUAUCCUACGGCCUCAAUGUUUUUUUCAAUACUCACACUUCUUUCACAUCUACGUUCAAUAGUAGCCUAGAUCCAGAGAGACCCGAUCCUGAUUUCGAAAUCGUGAUCCAGUCUUCAAUUUCACUUGAACCAUUCAUUCGUGUACCAGAGAUGCAAUUGAUUCCCAGAAUUCUUUCUCCAAGCAGAGACCUUGGUGAUUUCCAAAACAUGGCGCCAAUUUUUGACAGCUCGGAUUCGUCCGCCUCAGAGACAAAAUUCAAAAGAAAACGCAGAGGUGGCAAGAGCUGGAGCAGAAAAUCAAAGAGAGCCAGAAACAUUGAGCUUGUGGCUCCAGGAACACCUUCUGGAGAAGCAGAGACUACCAAUGGCGUCGAUAUCAUAAAAAGACGCUCUUCGCACAUAAUUGCCAGAUUAAGAGUAGCAUGGGCGCAUAACAAGAAAUCAUUACAUGAGGCUUUAAAUAUCAGGCCGGACUUGGAAAGCGAAUCGGGAAACAAGACCAAGCGGGGCCCAGAUGAAGUGGACGGCCAGGUUAAAAGACCAAUUCUCGCCAGAUUGCACCUGUUUAUCUCAGAAAUAGCCGACCUCUAUGCCGACGAAGUCCCGCUGAAGGAAGGAAUUGACAGAUGCGACCCCUUCAAAUACCAAUUCGGAUUUGGAGCGGAACACUACCUUACUGAAAUGCUGAGGGCAAGAAAGAUCAAUCCAGGUUGCGGUUCUUUGGCAAAAUCCAAUGGCACUUUGCUCGCUGAAAGUCCUAGAUCGGCCACAAACAUGGAAACGCUCGAGAAGCCCGGAAAGGACAACUCGAUUAAAUACAGAUGCCGUGGCUUGUUCCCAGUAUCGACGGAGUCCGUCGUUUCAGAGAGAACGUCAACAGAAAUCUCACAGCCAAAGAAUCUUCCCAUUUUUGGCUCCCCGGUCAGCGAGGAAGAAUCGUUAGCAUCGAGUGAAAGUGAAAUUGCUUUCAAUGCGUACGAGGCUAAUUUGAGUGUGGAGAAAAGUGGCCAGCCAAGCACCGUCUCAUUUGACUGGGACUUGACAAGAAGUCAUGACGAGAGUGAGGUCGAGAAAUUGUUAGAUCAUUUGCAACUGAGUGUUGCUGCCAGUCUUCAGUCGGCUGUCGACCACAGUAAUGACAAGAAGCAAAAAUCAAGAUCGGCUUCCUCCGAGAGCCCUCAUUAUUUGAAUAGCACCAGAACUGAGUCCGAGUGGAGCGUCAGCAACAAAAAUGAACAUAUCUCAGAUCUUUUGUCGCUAGACAGUGAACAUGGCUAUUUCUCAGAAAUGUGCUGUGACACUGGUGACCGUGAUUCAACCUCGGGUUCAGUGAUUAUUGAGGAUCAGCAUACUCCCAUGAAUUCCGGGCGGGGUAUAAAUGAGAAGCCCGGACGUUUGACAGAGGUGCAGAUCUUGCACAAUUGGUUAAAAGCAAGAAAAGAUUUCUAGAGUCUGAUAGAGCCAGGAUGAAAUUUUGCCGAAUGUGGCUAAAAACCAAAUUUCAGCACAAGAAUCUGAUACUUGAUCGGGAGAACAAUCUAAAUAGUUUGCGUUUACUUCUACAU